CAUUGGUCGAGGUUUCGGCGUUCCGAGCCUCUCGUGCGCGGCCCGAGUCCAGCCUCAGUCGGUCCCGGUCCCGCGCGUGAAGCCGGACUACUUUGAAGCAACCGGAGCUCCGCUGCUUCCGAGCAGUUCUCCUCAGGCGGCGCGGACUUCUACCAAAAUGAGCCAUUUCAACAAGGGCCCGGCCUACGGACUGUCCGCCGAAGUGAGGAGCAAAAUUGCUCAGAAAUAUGACCCUCAAAAAGAGGAGGAGCUACGCUUCUGGAUCGAGGAGGUGACGGGAAUGUCUAUUGGAGAGAACUUCCAGAAGGGCUUAAAGGAUGGCGUCGUCCUCUGCGAACUGAUCAACAAGCUGCAAACAGGUUCUGUGAAGAGAAUCAACCUUUCCCAGUUAAACUGGCACAAGCUGGAAAACCUUGGGAAUUUUAUCAAAGCUAUCCUGGCCUACGGCCUGAAGCCCAAUGACAUCUUUGAGGCCAACGACUUGUUUGAAAACGGGAACAUGACUCAAGUUCAGACCACGCUGCUUGCACUGGCCAGCAUGGCGAAGACCAAAGGUAUGGACACAAAGAUUGAUAUCGGGGUGAAAUACGCAGACAAACAAGCUCGACAUUUUGACCAUGAGAAGAUCAAGGCCGGCCAGUGUGUCAUUGGACUGCAGAUGGGGACAAACAAGUGUGCAAGUCAGGCUGGAAUGACUGCCUAUGGAACCAGAAGACAUCUGUAUGAUCCAAAGACUCAGACUGACAAACCCUACGACCAGACCACCAUCAGCCUGCAGAUGGGAACCAACAAAGGCGCCAGCCAGGCGGGCAUGUCAGCCCCCGGUACCCGCAGAGACAUCUAUGACCAGAAGGUGGCGCAGCAGCCACUGGACAACUCCACCAUCUCCCUCCAGAUGGGCACCAACAAGGUGGCGUCUCAGAGGGGUAUGAGUGUGUAUGGUCUGGGUCGACAGGUUUACGACCCCAAGUACUGCGCCCCCCCGACGGAGCCAGUCAUCCACGCCAACGGCAGCCAGGGCGCUGGCACCAACGGCUCGGAGAUGAGCGACAGUGACUAUCAGGCUGAGUUCCAGGAGGACGAGUACCCUGGACCUUACCAUGACGACUACAGCUCCCAGUAUAGCGAUCAGGGCAUUGACUAUUAGAGGAGAGCUGCAGCUCCCAGUCAGUAUUAUCCCCACUAGUCUCUCCUGAAGCAUAGCACCAAAUGUUGUGCUUUCCUUCUUUACCUACACUCUGAAUAGAAUAGAAUGGCAAUGUUUUACUUUAAUCCCCACUAUGUUUUAUGAUGGAACACUUGCGUAGUGCUAACUCUGUGGAGCGAUGGUGUAGCAUCAGGGGAUGCUGCUGCAUUCCAGUGUUUUAUUCCUGGACUGAUGGUCCAUGUGAGAUUAAUUCAGCAAUAGGCUGCUGCUCUGUGUGGUUUCUGCAUCCUCACACUGUUAUCCUACAAAACGUUGUGCUUCACUAGCCAGUGUUUUAUUUGGUUCUCUUAAUGAUGAGCAUGGUGGCUGCUCAAGUCGACCAAACCCAAACCAACUUCCUUGUUCCAUUUAUAUGAGAUAUAUUUUCAUAAUAUUCCACUUGUAUUCCUAAACUGUAUUUAUUGCAAUGUUUCUCAUUGUAAAACAGUCCACUGUUAAAUGGUAAAAAAAAUGCUAUGUUAU